CGGCAGGCGACGAAGGAUGCCGGGGUCAUCGCAGGGCUCGAGGUGCUUCGGGUCGUGAACGAACCCACGGCGGCCGCCCUGGCGUACGGGUUGGACAAGAACCUGAAGGGGGAGCGGAACGUGCUGAUCUUCGACCUCGGGGGUGGGACGUUCGACGUGUCGGUCCUCGCGAUCGACGAAGGGUCUCUGUUCGAGGUGAAGUCCACGGCCGGGGACACUCACCUCGGCGGCGAGGACUUCGACAGCCGCAUGGUGAAGCAUUUCGCGGAAGAAUUCCAGAGGAAAUUCAAGAAGGACCCGAGCGGAAACCCGAGAGCGGUGAGACGACUGCGAACGGCCUGCGAACGCGCGAAGAGAACCCUGUCGAGCAGCACGGAAGCCAACAUCGAGAUCGACGCGUUGUACGACGGACUCGACUUCUACUCGAAGAUGACCCGAGCCCGAUUCGAGGAACUCUGCAUGGAUCUGUUCCGAGGGACCCUGAACCCCGUGGAGCAGGCGCUGAGAGACGCCAAGAUGGACAAAGGCGCGAUCCACGACAUCGUCCUCGUCGGCGGCUCCACCCGAAUCCCCAAGAUCCAGAAGCUCCUCCAGGACUUCUUCGGCGGCAAGACCCUGAACUGCAGCAUCAACCCCGACGAAGCCGUCGCGUACGGCGCCGCCGUCCAGGCGGCCGUCCUCACGGGCGACUCCAGUUCGAACAUACGAGACGUCCUCCUCGUGGACGUGGCACCCCUGUCCCUGGGCAUCGAGACGGCCGGCGGGGUCAUGACGAAGCUAGUCGAACGCAACACUCGGAUCCCGAACAAGACCUCUCAGUCCUUCACGACCUAUUCCGACGACCAACCCUGCGUCUGCAUUAAAGUCUACGAGGGCGAACGGGCCAUGACGAAGGACAACAACCUCCUGGGUCGUUUCGAGCUGGACGGGAUCCCGCCCGCUCCCCGCGGCGUCCCCAAGAUCGAGGUCUCCUUCAACAUCGACGCCAACGGGAUCCUCGACGUCUCGGCCAGAGACACCGGCACGGGUAAGAGCAACAAGAUCACGAUCAAGAACGACAAGGGCCGACUCACGAAAGACGAGAUCGACCGGAUGGUGAACGACGCCGAGCGCUACCGAGAAGAGGACGAGAAGCAACGCUCUCGGAUCGCGAGCCGCAACCGCCUGGAAAACUACGCCUUCACCGCGAGGCAAGCCGCCGAGUCGGCCGGCCCCAAGCUCACCGACGCGGACAGACGCGAAGUCCUGAGCAAGUGCGACGCCGUCCUCCGCUGGCUGGACAACAACCACCUCGCCGACGAGGAGGAAUACGAAGGGAAGCGGGAGGAGCUCCAGAAGGCCUGCUCCCCCAUCAUGACCAAGCUCCAUCGCCCCGAGGGAAAGGAAUCCAAGGGGGGUCCCACCGUUCAAGAAGUGGAUUGA